AGCUCUAUUCGAUCAUUACUGCAGCGAUAUCAAAGCCCAUGGCACGGUCAUAGAAUAGACCAACAUCUGAUUGAAUUGUGCAAAAGACGUGUAUGUUAAUGAACAACCAUGGGAUACUUGGUAAACCUGUCAAACAAAGAGGCCAGUCUCUUCGAGGAUAAAUGUAUUUCAGACAUUGGAUUAACAGAGAGCAUAUUUUUGAUAUUGUAUUCUUCAAUCACAGUGGUAGCUAUUGUUGGAAAUGUGGUCGUUUGCUAUAUAAUCGUCACAGAGAAGAUGCUAAGAAGUGUCACAAACAUAUUCCUUCUAAACAUUGCCGUAGCGGAUAUAACCAAGACCAUCAUUUUGGUUCCUUUUUCUUUUGUACCCAAUCUUCUGCUCUCUUAUUGGCCCUUUGGAAACUUUAUGUGUCCUUUCGUUCUGUAUUCACAAAUUGUGGUAGUGUUUGCGAGUGCCUUUACUCUGGUUGCAAUGAGUGCGGAUCGGUACGUUGCCAUAAUAUACCCGUUGAGACCUAAAUUAACACAUAAAGGCGUGGUUUGUAUCUGUGGAUUUGUGUGGGUCAUUGCGUUUUUGGUUCCAAUUCCUACCGCCGUCACUGCAAAAGUUCAAAUAGCUUUUGCAAAUUAUACAGGAGUUUGUCAAAAGGGCGUGUGUUUUGAAGAUAUGAACGAAUCAUUCAAAUCCACAUACAGUCUUUUUAUUAUGCUGCUUCAAUAUUUCAUACCAUUAUUAGUACUCACUUUAACGUACUGUCACAUUGGAUAUGUGAUUUGGAUAAAAAUCAUUCCCGGCGAGGCAGUGCAACAACAAGAUGAGCGGCAGGCGUCGUCUAAAAGAAAGAUGGUGAAGAUGAUGAUUGUGGUAGUUCUACUAUACGCUCUCUGCUGGCUUCCAGUACACGCUCUUCAGUUAGCCACUGACGAAAACCCUGAUCUAUUUAUUGAAAUAAAGAACCUUCGCCACAUUUGGAACAGCUUUCAAAUGUUUUCCGCCAGUCAUUCAUGUUAUAAUCCGUUUGUGUACUUUUGGAUGAACCGAAGAUUCCGCAAAUGUUUCCGAUCAUUUUUUCUGAAGUGUUUUUGCUGUUUAAGAACGGGGAGAUUCGAGUAUGGCGAAAACCAAUUUUCACGACAGACCUCAAUGACUAUGACCGUUAGACUUGGACGGCAGCACAGUAGAUUACUAUCAGCAAAGCGCAAUGACAGUGUGAGAUCAUAAAAUGUGGACUUGUCCGUAAGCAAUUGCUUUUGAUCGUGUGACAUUUUAAAAAAAAAUACAUGCAAGAAAUAAGAGAAAUGGGAACAAUUGCGAAAAUCAAAUAGUAACAGUAAAAAUAGCAUGGGGUUCGUUGUCAUAUUUGAGGGUAAUGGUAUCAUACACAUAAAAUUAAUGUUAACAAGUAUAAAUGAAACACUUUAAGUUGUUUAUCCAUAUAUAAGUAUCCACAGGGACCUGACUUUGAAUUUUUCUCGUAAAGAAAAACGUUUACAUCAUACCAAUACAAGCACAAAGUAAUCAUCGACGAUAUCUUGGACUCUUCGUGUACGGCUGAUACUCAAUAUAAAACUUAUUUUUCGAUCCCCCCCCCCCCCCCCUGUCUUGCGAUAGGUCCUUCAACUUCUAGUCAACAAAAAAAAAAAAAAACAAGAACAGCGCAUUGCAUUCUGAAUUACAUUAUUCACUAUCCAUUCUAGUCUGUCACCCUUUAGCCAUUAAUCGCUUCCUGGGAGCUGUACAUACAGGACAAGGAAAAAUAAUAUAUAAUUGCGAAAUGCGCUGAUUUUGGUGCUGAUGAUCGCAGGAGAGACGGAAAGGAUCGCAAAAUAAUUUCUUUAUGGAGUGUUAGGCGUAAAGUCGGACUGAUGUGUCAAUAUUACGACGAUUUGAACCUUGUGAAAUAAUAAGUAGGGUAUAUACACGUAUAUUACGAAAAUUGUAUAAUGGCAGGUGCCCGUUCAUGUAUUUUAUUAUGUUUUAAUCAUUUAUGUUAGGGUGUGAUGCAAAUGGUAUUAAAACGUUAUUUGCUGUUAACAUUAAAAUGUAAUCAUGCAAAGUUGGACUUGCUGUUUCAUGUAGAUCAGUCAAAAGUGAUACUGUGAAAAGAAAUCAGAAAUCUGUGCUUGUCAAUUAAAGAG